AUGGUCAUCAACGUGCCCACUGCCUCUCUUGAGGGACAAGUCGCUCUCAUCACUGGUGCCGGUCGCGGUAUUGGAAGGGGCUGCGCCAUCGAGCUCGGCAAGCGCGGUGCUUCCGUCAUCGUCAACUACGUCUCAUCCGAAGGCCCAGCAAAUGAGGUCUGCGAAAUCAUCAAGGGUUUCAACAACGGAGCCAAAGCCAUAGCCAUCAAGGCCGAUGUCAGCAAAGUCAGCGAGAUCAACAGGUUAUUCGAGGAGGCGAAGAAGGCGUUCGGCAAGAUCAACAUCGUCAUGAGCAACUCAGGAACUGAGAGUUGGGACGUAACGGAGGAGAUCAGUGAAGAGAAGUACGAUCACGUAUUUAAUCUGAACACACGAGCACAGUUCUUCGUCGGCCAAACCGCGUACAAGCACAUUGAGGACAACGGCCGCAUUAUUCUGAUGAGCUCCAUCGCAGCUGGUCUCCUCGGUGUAAAGGACCACGCCCUUUACAAUGCCUCUAAGAUGGCUGUUAUCGGUUUCAUCAAGGCGUUUGCGACCGACUUCGGAAAGCGCGGUAUCACCGUCAACGGUGUCGCACCUGGUGGAAUCAAGUCAGACAUGUUCACACAGAAUGCAUGGCAUUACAUCCCUGGCGGUUCGCCUGACUGGCCAGCGGAGAAGAUCGAGACCCUUAUGGCAAACCACUGCCCACUCGGACGGUGUGCGGUACCUGAGGAUGUUGCCAGGGUCGUUGCGUUCCUCGCUUCAGAGGACGGCGGUUGGGUUAACGGCCAGGUCCUGACCAUCUCUGGUGGCUCGUCGCAGUAA